GAAAUGAAACCAUAUAGGGAAAAGGCGUAAGGGAAGUAUUUUUCCAAAGGCAAGAGUAUAUGUCAGAAAAGAUAACCAGUAUUGCAUUAUCAAGUCUUAUUUGGGUGCAAAUAUAUUUCAGCAUUUUUAAGUUAUGUCGAAGAGUCAAAAAGUUUUGAUGGGUGCUGCAGGCGCAGCCGGAGUGGGCGUGGCAGCAUGGAAAACUUUGUUUCCUUAUAUUACUGACGACUACCGUACGUUACGACAGACAUGGCGGGUUUCCAAUGCAAUAUGGAAGGACUUAUUGGCUGAUAAUAGACUCAUCGAUAUGUUUGAAGCAGACGUAGAGAAACACCCAAUGAAGCCUUUCAUUAUCUUUGAAGAUAAGAUAUACACUUAUGAGUACGUAGACAUGAUGGCCAACAAGAUAGCUAAUGUUGCCUCGUUAUGGAAUCUCGAUCAAUUAGAUACAGUAGCAAUGAUGAUAUAUAACGAACCUGCGUUUGUUUGGACAUUUCUAGGUUUACAGAAAAUUGGACUAGCUGCAGCAUUUGUUAACUACCAUCUCAAGUCCACUCCUUUAGCACACACUAUCAAAGUCAGCGAGGCUAAGAUUUUAAUAGUUGGAGAGGGAGACGAUUUAUUUGAAUCUGUCCUGGAAAUUAAGAAAGAAAUACCCAACACUGCUAUACAUGUCAUUGGAAAGUCAAAAACUGACCUCCCGGAUGGUUUUAGCUCGCUAUCAGAUCACAUGGUUAGAACACUGGCCGUGCCUAUAUGUAAAUCAGUACGAGAGACAGUUCCUGUUACACACCCAUGUUGCUUUAUCUACACAUCGGGUACGACAGGGCUUCCAAAACCGGCAGUUAUAAACCAAUGGAAGGCUAGUGCAAUGACUAAUAAUAUGCAGAUUAUUAAUUUUAAUGAAAAUGAUAUAGCUUAUGCAGUUACUCCUUUGUACCAUAGUGCGGCAACCACUCUCAGUUUGUUUAAUGUAAUAGGUCAAGGAGCAACGCUGGUACUCGCACGAAAGUUUUCUGCAAGACAUUACUGGGAAGAGGUCCGAAAACAUAAAGUAACUGUGAUACAAUAUAUAGGAGAAUUGUGUAGAUAUCUACUUAGAGCUCCUAAGAAUGAUCUGGACGUAGUUCACAAUGUAAGAGUAGCAUUAGGAAAUGGCUUACGACCCGAUAUUUGGGACGAGUUCAGAACGAGGUUCAACAUUCCACUUAUUGCAGAGUUUUUUGGUGCAACUGAAGGGACGGCUGGUACAUGGAAUAUAUUCAACCGAGCGGGGUGUGUUGGGAGAUGGUCUCCUUUAACGAGAGCGCUUGGUCCAGGAGGUGUUCCACUCUAUUUGGUAAGGUAUGACCCUGUUACAUACGAACCAAUGAAAGACAAAAAUGGACGAUGUAUUGUGAUUAAACCAGGGGAAGAAGGUCUCAUGAUUUCAGCUAUUCCAGAACAACUUUUCACAUUUUACAAAGGUUCAGAACAGAUGAAUGAAAAGAAGAUAAUAAGAAAUGCAUUUACUGAUGGCGAUGCAUUCUUCAACUUUGGAGAUUUGAUUUACCUAGACGGUCAAUAUUAUUUAUACUUCCGCGACCGCGUUGGUGAUACUUUUAGAUGGAAAGGAGAGAAUGUGUCGACCAGCGAAGUAGCCAAUGUACUAAGUACUUUACCAUUUAUACACGAUGCAAAUGUAUUUGGUGUCAAAAUUCCUGGCGAAGAUGGACGAGCUGGUAUGGCUGCAUUGUCACUGCACCAAGGUCAAGCUGUGACGCCAAAAAAUCUGAAAGACAUCUACCGCAAGUGUGAACACGAACUUCCGACUUACGCAAGACCAGUAUUUAUACGAUUUAUGAAAGAAUUCAUUGUAACACAAACCAUGAAGAAUCGAAAAAUUGAAUUAGUUGAAGAAGGAUUCAACUUCGAUAAAGUAACAGACCCAAUUUUUGUGAUAGAUAAUAAAUCAAAAACAUACAAAGCAUUUACUAUCGACAAUUCUUAUGAAGUGCUGCAAUCAAAACUGUGAUAUGAAUAAUCCUGAAGAAAAGAUACUCAGUUGUUUACAGAAUUGCUCACAGAAGAUAAAUAAUCUAGUCAGGUGUCGUACUGCACUGAGUUAUUAAGCAAAUUAUAUUUUUAUAAAAAUCCCUUCAAAAAGUUGACCCUAUAACGGCAGACUUAUUAAUAUAUUCCAAUACGUCAAAUAUAUUGACUCAGAAAUAUACCUUUUAUAUCCUGCCACGACAUAAUGUGGCAAAAUAGAUUUCCAAAAUAUUUUCACUUUUCAUUUUGUGUCAGUUUUCAAUUAUUAAUACUCUAUAAACUUUUUCUGAUUUUUCUUGAUUCCAUGUCAUUAUAGACCAAACAUUAGGAACAAUAUAUAAAAAUGUGCAAACAUUGAUUAUUUCACGGGAAGCUAAAAUAAUGCUUAGUACGAAAUGAUAAUAUUUGUAUCAAUAAAAUUGAGAAUGGAAAUGGGGAAUGUGUCAAAGAGACAACAACCCGACCGUAGAAAAAAACAACAGCAGAAGGUCACCAACAGGUCUUCAAUGUAGCGAGAAAUUCCCGCACCCGGAGGCGUCCUUCAGCUGGCCCCUAAACAAAUAUAUACUAGUUCAGUGAUAAUGAACGCCAUACUAAUUUCCAAAUUGUACACAAUAAACUAAUAUAAAAAUAAUACAAGACUAACAAAGGCCAGAGGCUCCUGACUUGGGACAGGCGCAAAAAUGCGGCGGGGUUAAACAUGUUUGUGAGAUCUCAACCCUCCCCCUAUACCUCUAACCAAUGUAGAAAAAUAAACGCAUAACAAUACGCACAUUAAAAUUCAGUUCAAGAGAGGUCCGAGUCUGAUGUCAGAAGAUGUAACCAAAGAAAAUAAACAAAAUGACAAUAAUACAUAAAUAACAACAGACUACUAGCAGUUAACUGAC